AUGGCAAAACGUUUGUUAUUUCGGACCAUAUUUUGUUCCAAUUCCAUCAAAAUAAAACCUAAGAAUUCAAUAUUAAAUAAUUCCCAAUGUAACCAUUUACACACAAAGGUGGAAACGAAAGAAAUUACGAUUCCUUUUCCAUAUGGCCACAUAGCAGCUAAAGUGUGGGGCAGUGAUCAGGAUCGUCCUAUCCUAGCGUUGCACGGUUGGCAAGACAACGCAGGCACAUGGGAUACACUCGCCCCAAUGCUGUGCCAGAACAGAUCCAUCAUGGCUAUCGACUUCCCUGGACAUGGCUACUCCUCGUGGAUUCCUCCGGGAAUGCAUUACUAUCCAUGGGAGCUGCCAAGAUUGAUUCUGUACCUGAAGGAUUACUUCCAAUGGGACAAAGUUUCAAUGCUAAGUCACUCAAUGGGAUCCAUAGCUUCACUUCGAUUCGGCAGCGUUUUCCCUGACGAUGUAGAUUUCUACAUUGCCAUAGACAGUCUUAUCUACGAUGAUUUUGAUUUAAACCAAGUAGUAGAGAGAUACCCAUCUAUAUUAAAAAAGCUACGAUUAGCACAAACGCGCUUAGAUGUAGAACCGCCAUCUUAUACAAAAGAUGAAAUAGCUAAAAAAUGGCAUUUAGGUACAAAUAAAUCUGUAUCUUUAGAAAGUACUCAAUAUUUAAUGAAACGAGGUCUAAAACAAUCGAGUAAAGAUCCCAAUAAAUAUUACUUCUCCAGAGACUCUAGACUAAAAUACUCCAUGUUUAAACCAGAGAACAAGCAAUUCGUUGAAGCUCUAGUAAGAAGAUUAAAAUGUCCUACGCUGUAUGUAAAAGCUAUAGACUCUCCUUACGCGUCAGACGAAUUUUCCGUACAAAUGCGCGAAAUCAUAGAACAGAAUAACGAAAAUUAUGAAAUACAUUUUGUGCCAGGCACUCAUCAUGUCCAUUUAAAUAACCCAGAGCUUAUAGCGCCACUAAUAUUAAAUUUUUUGCGAAAGUACAAUUUAAAAAUCUAG